ACCACCACCACCAUCACCACCGCCGCAGCCAGCACCGUACUCGAGUGCUGUCUGAUAGAACACUGGCGAGUUCUGCACUGUGUGCGCUCAAGCACUUUCCCAUCUUGUCUGUCUGUUGUCGUCUGUGCCUCUUGACCGUUCGAUAUUAUCACACUUCUCUCCUCCUUCUCGCUUUUCCCCAUUUCUUCCCUCCACCGUGCCCCUUCUUCCCCUCCUCCUACCACCAUUUCGUCCUCCCAUCCGACCCGUCUUCUCACUACCCUAUCGUUACCACUGGCACCCUACCCAUCCACACCCAACCGAAUCUUCCCGCCCACCAUCACGAGAACCACGAGCAGGACGAACUUGACGACAAAGCCGCUUACCGUGCCAAAUAAAACUAAAAUAUGUGGUGAUAUACGCUCUCUCUGCGCUUAAUCGUUUUCCCCUGCUUCGAUCCCCUUGGACAAUUGUCGUCUCCUCCUCCCAUCCCCAAUUCCCCGGUCGACUUUACCCUUUCGGGUCGCUCUUCCCAUACAUAUAUAAUACUGUGUUUGCAAUUACUUUCUGGGGAGGAAGCUUGGUCCGGGCGUCGAACAACAGCGGGAAUUACGAGAACAGUGGCUGUGAGCGAGACCAUUUAAGAGGGAACAGAGCCGUUCAGUCGAAACUCCGAGUGGGGGGAGGAAGAGGAGAGAAAGAGCCGGAGUUUUUUUUUUUUUUCCCUUUUGUCCUCGUUUGGGACGACCACAGUCAGAAGUCUCUCCUUCGUCCCUACGACAUUUUUUCCCCUCUUUUCCCUGCGCUAUCAUACUCUGAUCUCGCCUCGGCCUGAUUCCUUUGUGGGUGUGUUUGGUGUGUUGCCCUUUUUCACGCUCAUCCGUCCUCUUCCUCCGUAUCUCUGUAUCUGUCAACCUCUUCCUCCCUUCUGGGCCAGUCGUCUUUUCUCCCGGUCGCUUGGCCCAAUUCUUAAUCUUUUUGCACAGGGUGGCAGCGAAGCGACCGGCAACCAGCAACUAGCUACCCACCCCAUUGUAGGCAAGUAUUUCCCUCUUCCUUAUUUCCCUUCUGCCUCUGCACCAAUUCCUUCCCCCAAACAAUCCAUCCACCACCACCUCCCCCCUUCUGUGUCUACCCUCGCCCUCCGCUCUGCCCUACAUCACACCUCAACCGCUUUUGCUCUCUCCGUUGUCUCGGCCAUCCUUCUUUUUCCUUUAUUCUCCUCUCGACUCACUCCUCGCUCGCUCUUCACCUACUCCCGUCACCUGUCAUCCAUCUCCUUCCGCUGUUCCAUCCUUCUCCCUCUCUUCUCCCCCUUUUCCCUCGUAAAAGCUCCAUCGCUCUCACUUCCUUGUGCCAUCAUGUCCCUUCUGACCCUUCACCUAUCUUGAUCAGACAGAACUCGCUCUUCACCAAGCGGCCAUCCACCCCAAUCGUCAGCCGUCCACCGCGUCCAAGCAUUUCCCUCCUCACAACACCUAAAUGGACAAGAACCCGGUAUUCAAGGAACUCCUCACGAUCCUGCCCGACUGGUCGAUUCGGCUUCGAGCCAUCUCGGAUAAACACAUCCAAGAGGCACAACAAGCCCAAUCAUCUUCAUCACCACCCCCGCUCCCGCAAAAUCCGCGGAAACGCGCUGCAUCCGGUCCCGAGAAGGAUGACCCCGUUCUCUCGACAGCGCCGAUAAACGCGGCUACCACCACCGUUGUAGGCCCUCAUCCCUUGCGGACAAAUUCCCCUGCUGUCGAGAAGAAGCUUGAGUGCCUGCCCACUGGAAAAUCAAAGAUGGCGGCUAGGCCGAGUGCCGCAAAGCAAAAGUUCUCGUCAAUAAAUGGCCCCCAAAUUUACUACGAUGGUGAGGCUCAGCAGGCAUUUUACGAUUGCUGGACCACCCUUAAUUCCAAGCGGGGAUUGCUGAGGAAGGAGAUGAUGACCAUUAAGAGGAAAAGGGUCAUGACAUUACCGACACACAACUACGGUUACGAUGAUGACUCUGAGGAGGAGGGAUCCGAUAAGGACUCGGAUCAGGGGCCUCAGGAGACUGAGGAGGAAAGGCUGAAGAGGGAGGAGGAGGAGCGGAAGAAGGCUGAGGAGGAGCGGUUGAAAGCGGAACGGGAGAAGAAGUCUGCCGAGAUUCUGGAAUUCAUUGAUUCGUGUCUGGAAAAGGCAUCAAAAGGAUGUGAGAAUGCUGCCUUCUUGUGGCUGAAAGGGGAUACCUGCAGGGGUCACAUCGCCUUCAUCAAUACGCGAAUGCAGGAGGUGGUGGAUCGGAUCAAUCUAGAGAUGGAUAGGGCGAAGCCAGUCGAACCUCCUGCUCCCGCUUCCGUUGUUGAGGAUGAAGGUAUCGGCGCGGAGAUGGAUAUUGACACUGACGAUGCUCCAACAACUAAUGCUCUACCGCCUCGGCGGAUGGACACUGCGAUGCAUGACUCCAGGGUGGUCGGAGUCAGCUAACACUAUUCCCUUGAUCUUGUAUCAAGUAUGAUGUCUUUUUUCUUUCUUUCUAUCCUGCAUUCUCCUCUAGCCGAUUCUUCAGCAUUAAAAUCACCGUUCAUACUCGCAAGUUGGGUCGUACAUAUUGCCAUCACCUUUCUUUCCAAUCAAGCCACCAAUCAUGCAUUCCCAAAGGCACCUCUGAUAUACUCUUAUUUAUUACCUCACUUUGCUUCAUACCUUGGAUUGGAUUUCUGGUUUCUUCUCCUGCUCCUCCAUUCCUCUGUGCAACGUUAAACCUCUCGUUUUUCUUUUCUGUUUACGCAAGCCUUUUCAUCCUUGGGGUUUCAGUUUCUGGUUCGUUUCUUUUGUCUUUACAUUGGGACUUGACGAAUUCAUACGGCAGGGGUUUUUUUUCUUUUUUUCCUUUUUUGUUCCUGGCUUUGAUUUAGUGCUUUCCCGGUGGGCUGCUGUUCUCACUUGGUGUCUUCGGGAGUUGUUUCUCCCGCGGGGGGGUUUUUUCUUCUCGCAACCAAAAACAAGAAGUGUUUUAACCCAACUAAACUAAAUCAACUCUCUCUUGGAACAAAAAAGCCGAACGAAGUCACAUCUUUUAUAAAAAGCUGCUCUGCAUUCUUUAGCUUAAUUUACGGUGAACACAGCAUCUUGUUGUAAUUGGUAAUAAUUUCCAAAAGAAGGUUUUGUCGCUUGCUACUUGUGCUAGAUCCCUAUCUCAUUCCUUUCCUUCCCUUUUUUUUCCUUUCCUUCUUCCCUUUAUAUUCACUCUCUCCCUCUCUCCCACACCCCUUUUUCUCUACCACUCACCAUCUCGCACCGCCGGUCGUUCACAUGGGAGGGAUGGAAAUAGGUGGGAUGGAACGGAUGGACGGACAAGUCCGGGAUUCUGGUCCGUUUGGUUUGGUUUGGUUUGGUUUAGCAUGGUAUUGGGGUUUUGGUUUUCGCACUUUGCAUCCGCAAGCACAGAGACGCGACCUCACAUUAAUUUUCUCUCUCUCUCUCAACCUUUUUCUCUCUUGUCAUCACAAUACUGGUAUAAUAGUUCUUAUCCCAAUACGAGUACAAUACAAUGCGUACUAGCACAAUCAUAGAGUAACGAGCAUUCCUGCCUUCCCUUCCUUUACGUGAUAGGCUCGAUCAAUCGUGCGGCCGCGAUAUCCACAGCGGUAUAGUCCAAGUGAGAUGCUUCUCCCGCCAAACCGGUCGCUGAAACGCCCCUUCUCUUGUUUUGUUUUUCCCUGUCCCAUUCGAACGGAUACGGUAGUGUCCCUGAUAGUAUUGUAGGGAAUUUUCUACGGGAAGGGGAGGGGGGGGACAGAAAUGUGCCGAGUACAGAUAAGCUUUCGGGAGAAGAGCUCCGGGGAGAUGGCUGUGGAGCUUUUACCUAUCAUAGUGUGGGGGCUGGGGUAUCGGAGGAGGGGUCAUGGUGCGUCACUCGAUCUGCGAGAUUGUUGUGUGAUUGGUUUGCGGGAAAGGGGAAUGGAAGGGGGAGGGAAGGAGGGGCAUCAUAACUGAGUGCCUGUUUGGUAUUAAGUUACGGGGGGGGGGCUUUGGUUGUGGAUUGUGUGUGGUUCAGCUUGGAUCAUGAUACCGGCUUUCUUACUGGACCGUCGAACCGGUAGAAUUCCAUGCCCCUUAUUACCCGCGGUCGGGAUAUUUUCUGUUCGUAUAUUGGCGGGUUUUGUGGGUGAGGGUUGUUUGUCUGCACCAUACUCGAGCAUUGAUUUGUUGGUUUCCCGUGCUGCGUUCUCAUACCGUGUGGCGGAGGUUGUUGGGUGGGUUUCCCC